CGCUGGUGGUUGCUCGCAGCCCGCGACAUCCGAUCCGAGAGAAAAGAAGGCCGAGCUGAGCUCCACGCGUUCCCUCCAAAGCUCCGGGUUCCUCCUUCUCGCUGUCCCUCCAAGGCUCUGGCCAGCCCCCUUCGGAAGAUGGCCGGUUUAAGCAGCAAGAUUAGCUCCGCAGAGGCAGCGGCGCCGGGACGCAGCGGCCGAGGGGUCGUGAUUUCCGAUGAUUGGCCAGGAUAUAGUUUGGAUCUAUUUACAUAUCCACAGCACUAUUAUGGGGAUCUUGAUUACGUGCUCAUUCCACACGGGAUCAUUGUGGACAGGAUAGAGCGUUUGGCCAAAGAUAUCAUGCAAGAUAUUGGAUACAAUGACAUUGUGGUUCUCUGUGUACUUAAAGGUGGCUACAAAUUCUGUGCUGACCUUGUGGAACAUAUUAAGAAUCUCAGUAGAAAUUCAGAAAGGUUCAUCUCCAUGAAAGUUGACUUUGUCAGACUGAAAAGUUACUGUAAUGACCAAUCUAUGCAAGAUACGCAAAUAAUCGGAGGAGAGGACUUUUCAGAGCUGACAGGAAAGAAUGUAUUAAUUGUGGAGGAUAUUGUUGGAACUGGAAAGACAAUGAAAGCCCUCCUCAACAAUAUUGAAAAAUACAAGCCCAAAAUGGUUAAGGUAACAAGUUUGUUGCUGAAAAGAACAUCUCAGCCUGAUGGGUACAGACCUGACUAUUAUGGAUUUGAAAUUCCAAAUUUGUUUGUGGUGGGCUACGCCUUAGACUACAACGAGUACUUCAGAGAUCUAAAUCACAUAUGUGUUAUCAAUAACCACGGCAAAGCCAAAUACAGAGUCUAAAGAAGUAAUUGGCCGGGCUGAACUGGAAUUUUGACGGCAUCUUCUGAAGAACAAUUCGCCUGACAUCCAUCUCAUUCAUCUUGGACUAAACAGUGGUAUUUCCUGUGACCAAGCUCCUCGGACUUGGUCAUCAUAGGCCUCAUAAUGCCUCAGUCAGUACAAAACAUCUAGAAAUCAUUAACUUUCAUAUAAUGAGUUUUGUUCUGAAUACAGGGAUAAUAGGUAAGGCAGAGGUAUUUGUUUUUAUCCAUUAACCUAUAAAGCCAGUAACUUUAUGAAUCUGGAAUACAAAUGUGCUUACAGGUUGUUUCACAAGUGUUUCACGGGGCUGUCUUCGGCCUUGGCACACCCUGGCAGUUCACAUUGCUCCUCUCUCAAAUGACAUAUCUGUGCCUUCUUGCUGUCUCUUCCUUCUUUCUGUCCUUUGCCUUUGUUUACAUCUCAAGAAACAAGUGCUUGUGCCAACACACAGGGACUUAAAAGUCUCAGACCAUGACUUCUAUUAAAUUCUGCUACUGAUUACUUAGAAUUUGUACAGUAUUAACAAGCAUAUAACAAAGUAGAAAGCAGGAAACACAUCCUGAGAGAGAGGUAUAAAGGAGCUUUGAGAUUCAAGGCGGUGUGGGGGGGCGCUAUGAAAUUCUGCAGGGGAAGAUAAUGCAUGGAACAUGUGGACAUCAUCUGGUCUAUCAAAGCCUUCUAUCUGGGCCACAUAUAAAUUAGACUACAUCAGUUUUCCACAUGGGGUUCGAUCCAGAACAGAUGUUUCUGUGGUGCAGGGGUUUCUGCUGAGUGUGAUUUUCCUGCCUUCCCACUCCCAGGGCAGCCCAAAAUGCCCCCAGAAAUCCUGUUCAUUGGGGAGAGGGGACCUCUCAGGAACAGGAUUGGAGGAGCAUUUCGGGCUGCCACCUGAUUGAAGGGAAGCAGAAAAAUUGUGCUUGCAUCCAUGGAAAUAUUAGUCUGGAUCCAACCCAUAGGUACCAUCUGAGUCCUGAGCUUCCAGUAGCAAAAUAUCAAGCUUUAUUUCAAUGACAGGCCUUAUUGCCUGGAUUUACUUCCCCUUCUCCUCAACUUGCCAUGAUACUAGAAGUGCCUAUCAAAGUGGUUCCUUGUGGUGGAUUGUGGGUUAGCUUGAGACUUAAAAUGUCAGGAUGUGGUUUGCAGGCCCUCUCUUGCAUACUUAUGUUCUUUGUAAACUAAUUGCAGUCAAUAGAUACUAAAAAUGCCUUGGACUCAGCAUUAUAACUCAUCUUACUUGAGGUUCAUUUAUCAUGCAUAUAUUGUUUCCAUAUACUGUUAAUCAUUCUAAGACUACAGUCUUAAAAUACUUCAAAAUAAAUCCCAUUGAACUCAGCGUGAUUUACUUUUCAGAAAACCUGUUUAGGAUUGUGUUUUAAAUCAUCUAUCAUUCUUAGGUAAGCAACUGUCGUUCUAUUAUAAUUUUUAGUGUUGGAAGGGAGAGAGAAGUAGCAUAGAAAAUAUAUAAACCAGAAAGAUCAUUUUGGUUUUGACUGAGCUCUUACCUGCACUUACAGGAUAGCCAAAGUACGUGAAUUUUUAGGGUCCAGAAUUGGUUGAUCUUCACUGAAUGUGAUUGUUGAUGCAUUUCCGACAAACCAAUCAUCUGUUCUUCCAAAACUCUAUGGAACUUCGUUAGAAUACUGAAUAAUGAAUCUUUGCAAGGCACUUUUGAUUGAACUUUUCGAGAGACAAUGGUGUGUCCUGGGUGUACUCGGCUGUGCUUAGUGCUUAAUUGGAACAAAACAAUAGCUGCCGAGCUUUGGUUUCCAAGUUGCACCCUUUAAUUUGUAUACAAUAUAAGAAAGUCACAGAUUUGAUGAGAAACCAAAAGCUGAGAACACACAUUUCCGUAACUCAGACUAACCGUAUACAAAGGUUUGUUUAGAUGGCAUUUAUUUGUUCUUAGAUUUGAUUUUUGUCUUAACGAUCAUGGAUUUUUUUAUACAUGAUUAACAUAUGAAUACAAAUGCAGGAAUGAAUGCUUGGAACAAAGUAUAUUGUAUUCAAAGAUAGGAAACAUUUUAUAAUAAAAUUCUAUAGCAUUGAAAGUGA